AUGGAGAAUAUUACUCUGCUUUUCCACUCCACGGUCGAGUUUGCUGGAGCAGCUGCAGCCCACAGUUGGCAAUGCCUAGAAUUGCAUCACCAAGGCCCUUCCAGAGUGGCCGCCGCCUUCCUGCUCGCACUGCUCCUGCAGCUGGCGCCCGCCGGACUGCUGCCGAGCUGUGCGCUCUUCCAGGACCUCAUCCGCUACGGAAAGACCAAGCUGUCCGGCCCGCGCCGCCCUGCCGUCUGCAGGGCCUUCGAUGUCCCCAAGAGGUACUUUUCCCACUUCUACGUCAUCUCGGUGUUGUGGAAUGGCUUCCUGCUCUGGUCCCUUUCUCAAUCUCUCUUCCUGGGAGCACCUUUUCCAAACUGGCUGCGUGCUUUGCUCAGAACUCUUGGGGCCACGCCGUUCCGAGCACUGGAGAUGGAGUCCAGAGCCUCCCAGAUGCUAGUGGGUGAGCUGGCUCUGUCUGCCUUCCUGGUGCUGGUGUUCCUCUGGGUCCACAGCCUGCGGAGACUCUUCGAGUGUUUCUACGUCAGCGUCUUCUCCAACGCGGUGAUUCACGUUGUGCAGUACUGUUUCGGGCUUGUCUACUAUGUCCUAGUCGGCCUAACCGUGCUGAGCCAAAUGCCCAUGGAUGACAAGAACGUCUAUGUCCUGGGGAAGAAUCUGCUAACACAAGCCCGGUGGUUCCACAUCCUUGGAAUGAUGAUGUUCUUCUGGUCAUCCGCCCAUCAGUAUAAGUGCCACGUCAUUCUCAGCAACCUCAGGAGAAACAAAAAAGGUGUGAUCGUUCACUGCCAGCACAGGAUCCCCUUCGGAGACUGGUUCGAUUAUGUGUCUUCAGCCAACUACCUUGCAGAACUGAUGAUCUACAUCUCCAUGGCGGUCACCUUUGGGCUCCACAACUUAACCUGGUGGCUGGUGGUGACGUACGUCUUCUUCAGCCAAGCCUUGUGUGCAUUCUUCAACCACAACUUCUACAAGAGCACGUUUGUCUCCUACCCGAAGCACAGGAAAGCGUUCCUUCCGUUUUUGUUUUAAGGCAGCCAUUGUGGUGGAGAAUGUGACAGAUUCCGUUCCUAGAGACACUGAGACAAAGGGAAGUACACUUGCUGAGGGAAUGUUUGACGUUCCCUCUUCUACUGCAGUGGUGCAGAGCAUUAACUGGAGAGCCAGUGCUCCCGGAGAAGACAUUCCUGGCGGACCUGGCCUUGAGGGACCUGAUUCCUGCCGAGCUUUGCAGAGCCAACCAACUGCAGUAAAUGGGCAUCUCUGAGCUGAUUUAUGGUGACACUAACCAGGAGUAUAAACAGUUUUGCAUGCACGCAUGCUUGAGCCUCCCCCUCCACCCCCCACCCCACCCCACCUUCUCUCUCUUUUGUACGGGAAUUAAAAUGAUCAUCUGUGGCUGGGAACAGUGACCUGAACUGAGUGUCGUGGGAUAUCCCAGGUUUUUAAUAAAUGUUACAUGUCAGUAACAACAGAAACCUCUGAAAAUCCCAGGAAUAUAUGAUACUGCCCCAGUGGGUCCAGGGAGAAAGGAGUUUGUUGGAAUUAGUUAACACUCCGAAUUUUAUCACCAGUAUCUCCAGUUACUUGACCAGUGCUUUGCCUGCCCUGCAAACCAGCCUGAUAGUAAGUUUGGGAACUUCUUUGAUUGAAUUCUCUUUUUGACGUUUGUACUGAAUAAAAUCCAGGAAAUAAACUAUUUUUAUACUUAUGCAUACA